AUGUCGUCUCCAGCGGUUGGUUUCUCCUCGUGGAGAAGAUCUCCCAGACGGUCUUCCUCCGUUUCGCAGUAUGCUUCGGCCCAGGAGGAAAUAGAGUCUUCGAGUUCUUCCACAGCCAUCCCAGCAAGGUCCGGCCAGGAUACCUCCAGCAACGAUGCGCAUCAGCUAUAUUCGACUUCGAUGAACUCAGUUGCCCACCGCGAACCCUUGAGGUCCUUCAUUCACGGCUCGGUCCGCGAUAACCUAGCUCCUCUCGACAGUCAUCAAUACGCACAGUCCGUUCGCCAGGAUACUGCCGAACUAGCAAACUAUUUUCUUUCCGACCCGAAAGACGGACAGAGCCUGGCGUUCCUGAACCGAAGACGAUCUUCCAUCUCACAACAGACGAUUCUCGGCCACACAGGUCAGGGCGCUGACACCGAAAGUGCCGAGGAGGGUAAUGGUAGAUAUCAGGAUACCAUAAACGAAGUGUCUGAGCCGCCAUCGCCAGAGGAAACCGAUGUCGAAUCAUCAGCCGAGGGACCGUCAAUGCUCACUACAAUGCUGAGGAGGUCGCCGCCGAAUACGAAUUAUAUGCCGACUCCAGAUAACGACGAGUUGCAGGAGGAAGAGGAGUCAUGGGGAAAUGGAGAAAGUAGCAGGAGAGGCUCAUGGAAACAUCCGGCGCCAGCACAGCCUUCAACUGAACGACAUGCAGAUGCAGCCGAUACUUCAGACGAGCACGCGCCGUUGCUUAGGACCACAUCACGCGAAGCCCGGCAUAGCUAUGGUAUGACCAACGGCUCCAGCCACGAAGCUGAUAUCGAAGACCAAAAGACACCGAAAAGGCGAUGGACGAGAAAGCUUGCCGAUUCUGCAAGGGACAGAAGAGAUCGCAUCACCAAGAUUGCUAAGGUAGCAGCAAACCCGAAGCGCUGGGACCGUCAUGCCCUAUGGGAGAAUGCUAUCGUUGCGCCUGUCACAUGUUUACCAGCCGUAAUUGUUGGACUCUUGUUAAACAUUCUUGAUGCGCUUUCGUACGGCAUGAUUCUAUUCCCUUUGGGAAGUCCGAUUUUCUCAAGCUUGGGAUCUGCCGGUAUUUCCAUCUUCUACGUCAGCACAAUCAUAUCGCAGCUGACAUUCUCCUUUGGGAGCGUGUUCAAGGGUGGUGUUGGCUCAGAGCUGAUCGAGGUUGUACCAUUCUUCCACAGUAUGGCUGGUACCAUUACCCAAAUUGUCGGCGAAGAUGACCCAGAAGCUGUCAUCGCAACGACCAUCACAUCUUACGCGCUGAGCUCGAUGCUCACAGGCACUGUAUUCUACCUUAUGGGCAAGUUCAAGUUUGGUUACCUCGUGGGUUUCAUCCCCCGUCACAUCCUGAUCGGGUGUAUCGGUGGUGUCGGCUGGUUCUUGAUCGCCACGGGCUUCGAGGUGACGGCUCGUCUGGAUGGCAGUCUUAACUACGAUCUGGACACCCUGAAACAACUCACUCAGUCAGACACCCUCCCCCUCUGGACGAUACCUCUCGGUUUGGCGAUCGUUCUGUUCUACGGCCAGACGAAGAUUACGUCCAAGUAUUUCCUUCCACUUUACAUCCUCACCAUUCCUGCCUUGUUUUACCUGGUCUCGUUCAUCUUGGGCGGCCCAGACCCAGACUCUUUGCAGAAACAUGGCUGGGUGUUUGAGGGGCCUCCACCCGGUGAGCCUUGGUGGUAUUUUUACACUUUGUACAAGAUCCACAAGGUCGAUUGGAGUGCCAUUGUGCAAUGUAUUCCCGCAAUGUUUGCCUUGACCUUCUUUGGCAUCCUGCAUGUGCCUAUCAACGUUCCAGCUUUGGCGCAAAAUAUCGGCGAAGACCAUACCGACCUUGACCACGAGCUUAAGCUACACGGUUACUCGAACUUCCUGUCAGGGUGCUUCGGCAGCAUCCAGAACUACCUGGUUUACGCCAACAGCGUCUUUUUUAUGCGCUCUGGUGGAAACACUCGGCUGGCGGGUAUGAUGCUUGCCGCCCUUACUUUCCUGGUGAUGAUGAUCGGCCCAUCGCUGAUUGGAUUCAUCCCGGUCAUGAUGGUUGGAGUGCUCAUCUUCGAUCUUGGCUUCGAGCUGCUUAUCGAGGCAGUUUGGCAACCAAGGAAAAAGCUGAAGUGGCUUGAAUACAUGACCGUGCUUGUCAUUGUCGUGGUCAUGGGCACAUAUGACUUCGUCAUUGGUAUCGGAGUUGGUAUUCUUUGCGCAUUCGCCGCCCUCAUCAUCCAAACGUCCAGAGUCUCAGCUGUCAGGGCGACUUACUCUGGUGAAGUCGUGGGAUCGACGGUAAGAAGAAACCCAACCCAACAACAUUACCUCAGAGAUGUUGGUAAGCAGGUCAACAUCAUCAAGCUUGCCGGUUACCUUUUCUUUGGAACUAUCGUGAGCGUGGAGGAGAAAAUCAGGGCUAUGAUCUCCGAUGAAGAGUUCAACAACCGCCCGAUUCGGUUCCUCAUCAUCGAUCUGUGGCUGGUCAACGGCGUCGACUACUCAGCCGGAGAGGUGUUCAACACCAUCACCCGCCUACUCAAUCACAAGGGUGUCGAGCUGAUCAUCAGCGGUGUCGACACCGAACAAGAGCUGGGUCGCCACCUCAGAGCGGCCGGUCUCGGUGAAGAUGGGAUUGACGUCAAGCUUCUUCCCGAGCUCAACUCCGCCUUGGAAUACUGUGAGAACGAGCUUCUGAAGACAUUGUACGCCAGUCAGGAAGCAGCCCGUCUUUCGCGGGCAUCAGUUUCUGCACCUUCCGGCAGCUUGCAAGUGCCCGCUACCCAAACAUCGUCUCACCAGCCUUCGCUGGACCCCCUCGGAUCUUCUCCUCGCCGCAGCCACCUCCAGGUGGCAGCUCGCCACGCGCUCAACCAGCAAGCGGAGCAGCAACGGGUGUCAACAAGGUGGCAGAGCUUUAAGGAGCCGCUGCGGCUGAUGCUCCAGAUCUUCCAGGACGUCAGCGACAAGAACGAGGAUUUCUGGUUCCGUGCCGUGGGCUAUUUCAAGAGGCUCCAGUAUCCCGCCGGAACAGUUAUUUUCCGGCGCGGUGAGAAGGCAGAAGGGUUUUACCUGCUCGAGCAAGGCAUGCUCAGAGCUGAGUACGACCUGCCGCAGGGGUGGCUCUGUGAAAGUAUCGUGGCGGGAACGACGUGCGGAGAAUUGCCUUUCUUCUCGGAGACGACGAGAACGGCGACGUGUGUGGUUGAGCGUGACUGCGUGUUGUGGAUGAUGGAUCAGGAGGGGUGGGAGAAGUUGCAGAAGGAACAGCCGGAUGUGGCGAGGGAGUUGUUGAGGAUGGGGUUGAAGUUGACUAGCGAAAGGAUGAGUGUGAUCACGAGCUAUACGCUUACUAUGGCUGGUUGA